AUGUACCGGGUAGAUCUGAUGCAAAAAGGUAUCUGCUCUUUGUUUAUGACCAAAGUUGUGCGGAACAUCGCAGGUUGGACUUCUUGUCCUGAAUGUCAUCAGCCAUCAGAAAUGGCGGAUAUUGUGUCACUACUUCAUUUCGAUGACACUUCGGGUAAUACUUCAGACACUGCGAAAAAGUUGGCGAAUUAUCGUGACAUUCUACGAAAGCUGCACAAAGCUUAUUUGGAUAAUUUGGCCUUGGAGAAGAAGGAACUUGAGUCUGCCGUUGAGAAGCUGAAUUUGAAAAAAGAAAAUUAUGAGCUGAAGAAAAAAUACUUGGAAUUAACGCGAGAGAAUAAAGCUUUGAAGGACUUAUUGAUGAUGAAGCCAUGA